AAAACGCAGACCUGUAUCUGCACUACUGAGCCAUGGGUCAGAAGAAGAACGAAGGAGGAGGUAGAGCAUCCUCCAUCUUCUGAUCAGCUUCAGAUCUAACACCAAAUUAAGGGACAAACAUCGGCGAUCAUGGGAGCUGUUCUGGGACUGUGCUCCAUGGCGAGCUGGAUCCCGUGCCUGUGCGGCAGCGCCCCCUGCCUGCUUUGUCGGUGCUGCCCCAGUGGAAAUAACUCCACGGUGACUCGGCUCAUCUAUGCCUUCUUCCUGCUGCUGGGAGUGGGUAUUGCGUGCAUUAUGUUGAUGCCCGGCAUGGAGGGCCAGCUGAAGAAGAUUCCAGGUUUCUGUGAAGGAGGGAUGGGUUUGUCUAUUCCUGGUGUGGAGGGACAUGUGAACUGUGAUGUGCUGGUUGGAUACAAGGCAGUGUACCGCGUUUGCUUUGGGAUGGCCAUGUUCUUUCUGCUCUUUUCUCUGCUCAUGAUAAAAGUGAAGAGCAGCCAGGACCCCCGUGCUGCACUGCACAAUGGGUUUUGGUUCUUUAAGUUUGCUGCAGCUGCUGCCAUAACUAUUGGAUCAUUUUUCAUCUCCGAGGGUCCUUUCACCACUGUGUGGUUCUAUGUUGGCAUGGCUGGAGCCUUCUGCUUCAUCCUCAUCCAGCUGGUUUUACUCAUUGACUUUGCCCAUUCCUGGAAUGAGUCUUGGGUGGAGAAGAUGGAGGAGGGCAACUCCCGCUGCUGGUAUGCAGCUCUGCUGUCAGUCACUGCUGUGAACUACUUGUUGUCUCUGGUGUCUCUGGUCAUGUUCUACGUCUACUACACCCACUCUGAUGGCUGCACUGAGAACAAGGUCUUCAUUAGUAUCAACAUGCUCCUUUGCAUUGCUGCCUCUGUCAUGUCCAUCCUGCCUCAGAUCCAGGAGUCCCAGCCAAGGUCUGGCUUGCUGCAGUCCUCCCUGGUUACCCUGUACACCAUGUAUCUGACCUGGUCUGCCAUGACCAAUGAGCCUGACAGGAAAUGUAACCCGAGCCUUCUGGGUAUUAUUGGGCUGAACAGCACCAGUCCUGCUGGUCAGGACCAUGUGGUUCAGUGGUGGGAUGCCCAGGGGAUUGUGGGAUUGAUCCUUUUCCUCAUGUGUGUCCUCUACUCCAGUAUUCGUAAUUCAUCCAAUGCCCAGGUGAACAAGCUGACUUUGACCAGUGACGAGUCAGCUCUGAUUGAGGACGGGCCUCAGACUGACAGCUACGAGGAGGGCAGCGGUCUCAACAGAGCUGUGGACAAUGAGAAGGACGGUGUCACCUACUCCUACUCUUUUUUCCAUUUCAUGCUGUUCCUGGCAUCACUAUACAUCAUGAUGACGCUUACCAACUGGUACAGCCCUGACUCCAACUAUGAGGCCAUGACCAGCAAGUGGCCAUCGGUGUGGGUGAAGAUCUCCUCCAGCUGGAUUUGCAUCGCCCUCUAUGUGUGGACACUGGUGGCUCCACUGGUCCUGGUCAACAGAGAUUUUGACUGAAAAAUGCACUGUCCCACUGCUCAUCCAUGUUUUGUUUCAACAAAGUCAGUAAAAUAGUAGGUAGACAACAGUGCAUCAGUUAACACUGGAGGAGGCGCGGUUGCAAUCAGACUGGCUGGAAUAUUUCAUAUUGUUUUGUUUGGUAGCUGUGGCUCAUUUGUACAGACUGUUGCAGCUUUCUCGCUGCAGGGCUGAUGACUAGACAGACAACAAGGAUGUUAGUCCCAUCUCGGCUCUGAUUGCAGCCCAGUCUCAUCUGGUAUAAUGUCAUUGUGAAUCCUCAGCAGCCUGUUGUAGUGCCCCCCCGACCAUGCUCUUGCCAUUGUAUCCUUUGCGAUCCUUGUGAAUGAUUUUGUUUCCUUGCUAUAAAGACAGGGCUGCAUGCUUUUCCUUUAAAACUUGAUGUGACAUUAUUGUAGCUAUAUAUGAAGCUUUUACAAGGAUUAUGAUGUCUCUGGUCAGUGUUACCCCCAUGGGCAGCAGCAGUCUAACUCUAUUGUAUUACAUAUGGAAAUGCUGUCACAUGUAAAAUAAGUAUGAGCAGCACUCCAGCUUUGGCUCUGAGAGAUGAAGGCAAGAUAGCAACUCAUUGUAGUUCACCAACUAGUACCAUCACUAGGUAUGAGCAGUGCUGUGUAGUGUUGUGUGUGGAGUUAGUUACGUGGUGUCGUGUUAAAGCUCUACCAGCUGUGUGUUUACUCUGCAGCUUGCACACUCCUCAGCACAUUCAUAACAGACAACAUUCUUGCUUUUGUUGCUUCUGAUUUGCAUUGAAUUUUGACUUUAAUGUAAAAUAGAAAUUGAUUGUUUGAAAACUUCUAAAUAAGUUAUUUGGUGGUGUUUAGCCUUAGCAUGUAGUUUCUCACAGACGUAGCAGAGAUUGUGGCUACACAUUGUUUGUUUUUUCUGUGCUUUUAUCGGAAUAUGAUUUUUCUCUUUGACAUGUAAAAGUAUAUUGUAAGUCGUUUAAUAAAGCUAAGGAAAAUUAA